CAACCCCGGAGGAAACGUGAAUAUGAAUCUGUGAAACCCAAGCCCGGGAGAGGGGCUUCGGUGCGCGGGGUAAUUUGCAGACGCUCCCUGCUGGCGGGGACAGCUCGACCUGUGUCCUUCAGUCCGGGACCUUCGGCUGGUCCCGCCGCGGCAGCCCGGAGCCGUAGUGGAAGCUGAGGUGGGACCGGCAGCAGGACCGGCUGCAGGGGCUCCGGCCGAGCCAGAAGCGCCAUGGCCGAGCCGCCCCCGCGGGGUGCCGAGCGCGACCUUUUCCGGGACACUUGGGUGCGGUACCUAGGCUAUGCCAAUGAGGUGGGAGAGGCAUUCCGUUCCCUGGUGCCAGCAGCUGUGGUGUGGCUGAGCUAUGGUGUGUCCAGCUCCUACGUGCUGGCCGAUGCCAUUGACAAGGGCAAGAAGGCAGGAGACGUACCAAGCCCGGAGGCAGGUCGCAGCACCAGGGUGACCGUGGCUGUGGUGGACACUUUUGUGUGGCAGGCUCUGGCUUCUGUGGCUAUCCCAGGCUUCACUAUCAACCGUGUGUGUGCUGCUUCUCUCUACAUCCUGGGCACUGCCACCCGUUGGCCUUUGUCUGUCCGCAAGUGGACCACCACUGCACUGGGGCUUCUGGUCAUCCCUGUCAUCAUCCAUCCCAUUGACAGGUCAGUGGACUUCCUCCUGGACUCCAGCCUACGCAAGCUCUACCCCUCAGUGGAGAAGCCCAGCUCUUCCUGACCCCACCCUGAUAACUGGCCCAUUCACUGCUCUAGUCCAACUUCCUCCUCCUGCCAGGGGGUACGGAUGGAUGCCUGGCUCCCUGAGUCUGAGGCCCGGGUAUGUUUGAGCCAGAUGGAAACUAAGAGAACAAAGACCUCAAGGAGCAGCAGCUGCCAUGACUCACAGGAAUGGGAGACCUAAACCCCAUCUGCUUCCUUGGAAUCUGUGAUACCGAGAGGGAGUGGACCUGUCUUUUGACAGGAAAGUAACAUCCUCCCAUGGAGGAUAAGCAGACAGGCCCAGACAGGGGAAGCCCAGAUCACUUAGCAGUCUGGGAACCCAGGAGGCCCAGUGGCUUGGCCCUGCAAAAGUGUGGCUGAACCAAAAAGCAGCAGGUACCCGAAGAAAUGCAGGGGUGCCAUAGGGGGUACCCUGAGGACUGAUUCUCCAGCUAGCUGAUCUGCUCAGGCCUGGUUGGAAGGCAGGACAGCCCCCAGCCAAUAAAUUCUCAAGAAGUUG